AUGUCCACUUCCCCUACAUUGACGCGCCAACCUUCGCGGCCGUCGUCGGCCAACUCGAUACGGUCCACCACGUCGGCUCGGGCACCUAGUCCAUCCCUUUCCACUGGCGACUCUGUAUCUAUACGGAAUCAAAUGUCUUCCAUACGGCACUCCAUCCGCCACCAACAAGCCCAGCUCAGCACACUGGAGAGCAAUCUACCGAAAGCUCAAAGACGGCGGUCCAUCACCUCACCCUCACCACCACCGUCGCCGUUACCACCCAAUGGGCGCACAUCUCCGAUGUCUCCAGACCCGUCAACUCCAUCUAAGACCUCAAAACGGCGAUCCAGCUAUGAAAUACUACAGACUCUAGCAGGUCCAGAAUCGAGUCUGCCAUUACCGCGUCGAGACACCGGUCCUGCGUCGCCCUCACCUUUUGGUGGCGAUAGUAUACCGGAAGGCAUACCCGUGGAUCACUCGAACGGGGCGGUGUCUCCGACAGAGGCAUCACAUAAUAGGCGAAAGUCGAGCCCUACGCGAAGUUAUAGCCGAAUACCCAUCAGCUCGGUUGGCAACGCGCGCGCCCUCGCGGAAGAGAUCAGCGCACCUCCCCGUUACACCUCAUCGAUGUCCACCCCCACGUCACUCGACACAUCCCUGAAACCGCCACCCUCGCCUAACGGCGGCCCGGUCUCCCCAUCACCGUCCGCCAAGCGAAUGUCGCUUACACCCGGCGGCACUACAAAGGUCCUUGCCGACUUGCAAACGGGCGUCAUCAACGCGCGUAACGCUCUGGAGAACACCAAGGCUCAACUACGAUUGUCACAGCGCUCCGUCGCGCAGCUCACGCGGCAGACGGAGGACCUCAAGGAGGCGCGCGAGCGUUUACGUCUGGAGAAUGAAGGGCUCAACAAUGUCGUGGCGCGGAAGGAGCGGUUACUGCAGGAGGUUCUCGAGCGCGCACGUACGGCUGAGAGCGAGGCUGCUGCACUCAAGGCACAGCUGAAGCUCGAGACGACGACCAGCAAGAGGAGUAUGAAGGAGAUGGAGAGCAAUCUCACCCAGGCGACGGCGACGAGCAACAAGGCCGAGCGCGAGUACAUCACGUUGCGCGACAGCGUCAAGUCGAUGAAGGAGGCGUGGAAGGCGGAUGUCGAUGGUCUACGCGAGGAGAUGCGGAAGCGCGAGGAGCGUUGGCGGAAGGAGGCAGAGGACACUGCGCGGAGGCACAAGCAUGCGCUUGAUGACUUGCGUCGGCGUAGGGCGGGCGUCAAGACCGUCGAGGAGCUGCGCGGCGAACGGACGCGUAUAUCUGAAGAGGUCGAAUCACAGUUCCGGAAGGACAUCAGCGAAUUGAGAGCUGUGAUCGAAGGCGGCGCGGAGGCGAACGAGAAGGCCAACCGGACUGCAGAACAGCUUGCUGAGGAACUCGCCCAUCUCCGACGCCUCAUGCGUCUUGCCGGGCGUGCCAUCCCCGAUGAACCCAAACCCGAGCCAUCUAUCACUACUGAGACGUAG